AUGGCUGAAAUCAAGGAACUCACUUUCUCCGAGAUUGCGGAACACAACACCAAGAAGGAUCUCUACCUGAUCGUCCACGACAAGGUCUACGAUUGCACCAGCUUCGUUGAUGAGCACCCUGGUGGUGAGGAAGUCCUCCUCGAUGUCGGCGGUCAGGACAGCACCGAGGCCUUCGAAGAUGUCGGCCACAGUGAUGAAGCGCGUGAGAUUCUGGACGCCAUGCUCGUCGGCACCGUGAAGCGCAUGCCCGGUGACCCCGAGCCCAAGGCCACUCACACCGCAACCGCCUCCACAUCCUCUUCCUCCUCCGCCAGCGGCUUUGGCGUCGGCCUCUACGCCGUCAUUCUCAUCGGUGGCGCUAUCGCCUACGGUGCAUACAACUACCUCCAGGCUCAACAGGCCCAGCAACAGUAG